UCCCUUUUUUUUGGGUGCCCCCGCAGGGUCUUGGGUCCUUUCGUGCCGCUCUGCGAGCUCCUAGGGUUUCGCCACGCCGCCGUUGGCAUGGCCGACUGGCCUCUCCCGUUCAACGGGGUGCGGCCGGACGCUGCGGAAGAAGGUCGCCUAGGGCCUCGCCGCCCAAUGGAUCCCGCCGCAAAGCAGGUCGCCCGAGGCAACAAAUGGACCAGAGAUCCACAGCUCGGGGACCUCGUCCUCGCCAAGGUCAAGGGUUACCCUUUCUGGCCAGCCAAGGUGAGCAGGCCGGAGGAUUGGAAUCAGGAGCCUGCUCCACGCAAGUUCUUUGUUCUCUUCUUCGGCACCAAAGAGAUUGCUUUUGUAGCUUUGCAUGAUCUCUUGCCAUUUACGGAAGAGGUGAUGAGUGACCUGGUAAAUAAAGCUCGAGAGAAACAAUUCCCGACAAGACAUGCGAAAGGUCUUGAAGAAGCCUUGGUGGAGGUACAGAUGGCCUACGAUGAACUCCCAAAAUCAUCUGAAACUUCCAAUGGUUUGUUUCCUAAUCGAACUCCUGAUCCGAUUGAAAAACCUACAAAGCCCCUUGUAAAGCCACCUGCUGAUGGCGGGACUCAAAAACUGGAACAGAUUGAUGAUUUCCAUGGGAGGUACCUGAGCCUCAAAAGAAAAGAGAGAGAUGUCCCAAAAUCAUCUGAAACUGCGAAUGGUUUGUUGCAUGAUCGAACUCCUGAUCCGACUGAAAAACCUACGGAGCCCCUUGUAAAGCAACCUGCUGAUGGUGGUACUCCAAAACUGGAACAAGCUGAUGAUUCCCAUGGGAGGUACCCGAGCCUCAAAAGAGAAAAGAGAGUUCGGUUUGCUGGCAUUGAGGAGAGGAACUUGGAGGAUCCCUAUGGCAUACCAAAAUGCAUUGCUGCGCUUGAAGGAUUGCCGGAUUUACAAAUGGAAGAUGUGCUAAAAGCAGCUGACCUCUUCACCGACAACAAGGGUAAUCGCGAAGUCUUCCUCUCUUUUUCAAGUAAUGCAUUACGGCUUGGCUGGGUAAGAAGGAAAAUUCAGAACGCCUCAUGAAAUGGCUAUGGAAAUAUGCCCCCUGGAGAAGACCUUUUGUAUGCGGUUCUAGACACUUGUGGUGCUAAACUAAUGCAAUGUUAGUGGUAGCAAAUUAGCAUCUUAGUGCUAAGGUGUAGGGCUAACUUUUGUGUGUAUGUAUCCCUGGGCAGGUGUGCUAGUACUAACGCAAUGUUAAGUAGCGCUUGAUCACAAAUCCUUUUAAUUUAAUUGAAUAUAACUAGUUGCAUCA